UAGACGGAGCAACAGAUUCCACUUCCGCAUGGAUUGUAACCGGCAGGGCAGGCACAACCGGAAACUGAACCUCCACAUGGCAUUUGGGGUGCAAGAUUAGGAGAGAUUUGCUGUAGUUCCUGGCAAGCCGGCAUACAGCUGAUCUGGCAACGUUGUUGGCAAGGUGACAACCAAGGAACAUUUUGGCACGUACUCAUGCAGUUGUUUAUGCACGUACCCAUACAGGUUUGUCCGGGAACGGCGCCUUUACAGGAGUUCACACAUAGUGCCUCUGGACAAGCUCCGCACUGCUGCAUGCACUGCUUCUGGCAGUCAUCAACAGUAGUCGCAAGUAUGGGACCUUGA